AUGGGCCAGGUACUGAUUGCAAACGGGAGGCUGAAGAAGACUGAACUUGUUACGAGAUACGGGCUGCUCCCCCGUGACAUGCGCAAGAUUGAUACAUCAAACUUGCCCCAUAUCGACAUACGGCCUACAGUUAUACUACUGAAUCUCCUAUACCUGAAGGUCUUAAUUAAACGAGAUCGCGUUUUGCUUUUCGACAUGGACGGCACACGCACCUCAAGCGUUCAAGCCUCGUUUGUCGAAGACCUUCAAACCAAGAUGCGACCAGACCGUACUGAUGGAGUUGCACCUCCACCAUAUGAGUUUGAAGUUCUAGAUGCAGUUCUUAAUGCGGUUGUCAUCGAAUUAGGGAAUGAAUUGGAAUCUGUGCGUACCCCAGUCAUCAGUCUUCUCGCAGAACUCGAGGAGAACAUCGAUCGACAGAAGCUCCGUAUGCUACUGAAGCUGUCCAAGCAGGCCAGUGCGUUUGAACACAAGGCAAAACUUGUGCGGACAGUCCUAGAUGACAUCCUUGAGAGCAACGACAGCCUUUCUGCCUUGUAUUUAACGGACAACGCUCAGAAUGUCCAUGGGCCUGAGGACCUUGCUGAGGUGGAGUCCAUGUUGGAAUCGUACUACGCUAUAUGCGAUGAAAUUGCACAGGAUGCACAGAGUUUGACCUCAAUGAUCAAGAAUACGGAUGACAUCGUGCAAACAAUUUUAGAUACAAACCGGAAUUCGCUCAUGCUUCUGCAUUUGAAGUUCAUCUCCUGUACACUGGCCCUGGGAACAGGCACAUUUGUGGCUUCAUUUUAUGGAAUGAACAUCCAGAAUGUGCUUACCGAAGCGGAUUUGGGCUUCGUGGUGGUGUCGGCAGGUUCCGUUACGUGUAUCGCCGGCGCCGGUUGGUUUGGCUUGAGAAUCGUUGGAAAUCUCAGACGGGUCACAAUGAAGCGCAACAAAGGGUUUCUUGGCUAA